AGCUCGAGGCAAAUUUGAUAUCUCUAAUAUACAGUUGACUGGUGAUUGUCUUUCCCUUUAUCAGUGAAACAGGACAUAUUUUAGUGUUUAAACUUGACUUUUAGUGUAUGACGGAUAGUAAUAUAGCUGAACAGGACUCUACACUGGUAAAAGGGAAGUUUUAUAAGUGUUUUUAACCAUUGACAGGAAAUUGCUGGGCUAGUGAUAGCUGUGUAAUGUUUGCAAAUAACUUUCAAUUAUAGAUUGAAAAGUUAUUGCGUAUUACUGUCUGCCAGAGAUUGAGUUGACAGGAACUGAUUAUCUGAUAAUAUUUUCAAUGUAUUGAUCUCGAGAGUGUAUAAUAGGGAGACACACUUUGUCACAGUUGAUUACUAGGCACUGAUAUAGCACUGUGGUAGUGUAGGUUUACAAGGGCACACAUGUGGCAGCCUCUGUUCUUCAUUUUGUUUCCUGGUUUCUGAACAUAACCGGCACUUGACAACCGUGGACACAGAUCCGUAUCCUGUCUCACAAGUGGAGGAGAAUAGGAAAGCAGCCAUUGUGACUAACUGAGAGGGCUUUAUUUAGUUGGACCACUAGAUGAGCAGCUUUUAGUGUUCCAGUUGUCACAUCGAGGAUCGUUUGUGAAGGAGCCAAGGGAGUAUUUAUAUACCACUGUCCCAACAACGUUCAUCAGUGAAGCCAUUCUCUGAAAGCCAAUACCUGCCUGCAGACAAGAUAUCAACCCACGCACAGCGAACAGCACCGGCUUGAAGCUGAACUUUACUAUGCCCAGUGGUUAUUGUGUCUGUGUAUGAUGUACCUAGCCUACAGUUACCCACUUGGACAGCCAGCCAUCCCCGCGCUAGGAGCCCAUACGCCCAUAGCAACCGCCGACUACUCACACCCGCAGUACGUGACCGCUGUGACAGCACCUUCUAUAGCUGAGCCCUACCUGGUCCCCGUGACUGCAGCACACCAGCCCCUCCAGGCUGCCCCAGCUCCUUACCAGGCCCUUACACUUGCUGUCUGCAGAAAGCGCGGCUCAGAAGAACUCAUGUCUCACAGUCCUAUGGUACAGACUAACGGCACCGGCCACAGUCCAUCACAGAAUGAGGUCAAUGACGCUAAAAAGGUGAAGCUGGAUUCCACAAACAUGAUGCCUUCCAAGGUGAUACAUCUGCGCAGUCUGCCCAACGAUGUCACAGACUCUGAGGUCGUGCAGCUGGGCAUUCCCUUUGGCAAAAUGUCCAAUGUGCUGCUACUCAAACAGAAAAAUCAGGCGUUCCUGGAGUUUGAGGAUGAAGGUGUGGCGGCCACGUUCGUCAACUACUACACAAAGAUGCCCUGCCAGAUCCGGGGCAAGCAGGUCUACGUCCAGUUCUCACAGCACAAAGAGCUGAAAACAGACCAGGCUCACUCCUUCCAGAACCAGGCAUCCCAGGCAGCGUUGCAGGCGGCUCAACUGGCACUAGGCAACGGUGGGGAUGGAGAGGGCAUCAAGAAGACAGUGCUUCGAGUCAUAGUGGAGAACCUUGUAUACCCGGUCACCAUAGAAGUACUUAAUCAGAUCUUCAGUAAAUUUGGCAAAGUUUUGAAAAUGAUCAUCUUCACCAAAAAUAACACAUUCCAGGCCUUGGUACAGUUUGGGGAUUCAGUAUCAGCCAAUGCAGCUAAACUGUCGCUAGAUGGCCAGAACAUCUACAACGGCUGCUGCACACUGCGUAUCGACUACAGCAAGCUAGGCCAGCUCAAUGUGCGCUACAACAAUGACAAGAGUCGUGAUUUCACCAACCCCAGUCUGCCCACGGGUGACCCGGGGCUUGACCAAGCCAUGGCCUUUGGGGGUGGAGGUUCAGGUAUUAUGGUGGCCACAAUGCCAAGUUUAAGUCCUGCGCAUCACCUCUCCCUCGGCGGAAUUGGCACCCAGCACUUCGCAUCUAGCAUGCCCGGCCUAGCAGCAGACACCAUGGUGAUGUCCCCUGCAGGUCAUUUUGUUCCAGUCAUGGACACGUUACUAGCACCAAUAGGUCCUGGCCCCCAGGGUAUGGGAGGAAUGGGGGGCAUGGCAGGGAUGGGCGGUAUGGGCAUGCAGGGGCUCCAGUUCGGGUUCCAGAACCCCAUGGCGGGGCGCCUCAGCCUUGCAGGCAUGCAGCAGCAGCAGCAGCAGUCUGCCUCCGCCGUGAUCCUUGUCUCCAACCUAGACGAGCAGGUCACACCGGAGGCUCUCUUUACCCUCUUUGGGGUAUAUGGGGAUGUUCAUCGCGUGAAGAUUCUCUUCAACAAGAAGGACAACGCCUUAAUACAGAUGGCAGAGGCACACCAGGCUCAAUUAGCUAUUGCCCAUCUUGACAAAGUGAAGGUGUGGGGCAAACAAAUCCGUGUCACUCAAUCCAAACACUCCUUGGUUCAGAUGCCCAAAGAUGGCCAACCGGAUGCCGGUUUGACCAAAGAUUUCACCAACUCUCAGCUGCACAGAUUCAAGCGCCCUGGUUCCAAGAACUGUCAGAACAUAUUCCCUCCCUCUGCAGUGCUGCACCUCUCUAACAUUCCACCAACAGUCACUGAGGAAGAGCUCACAGAACAGUUUACACAUCAUGGGGAAGUGAAGGCUUUCAAGUUUUUCCAGAAAGACCGCCGUAUGGCUUUGAUAGAGAUGAGUUCAGUAGAAGAGGCUAUUAUAGCUUUGAUUGCUAUGCACAAUUUUGGCCUGAGCGACACGAACCAUCUGCGAGUAUCAUUCUCCAAGUCAACGAUAUAGUUGCCGCGCCCUGUGAUCGUCACUGUCAUCCCGAGACCAACCUCUUCCCAUCAAUGUAGUCCACACAGCCAUCAGUACCGAUGUUGCAGGCCCCUCGUUUGUCCCAACUUCUAUCCUGCUGUCAUCAACACGUGACAUCUAUACUGUGAUGUCAUUAACACAGUGUAUUAAACUGUUGAUAGAAAUGUUUGACAAUUCAGUACACUAAGAUGUGUUUUACUAUUCUGAAAAAUAUUAUUACAUGCAAAGAGCCUUUUUAACUCGUGAAAAUUGUGUUUUCCAUAUUUAAAAUUUUUACAACAUAGUAAGAUUUGUUUUCUGGCUGUUUUUAGUAUAUUAAAAAUAUGGUUAUGUACAAAGAUCUAUAGAGCUGAUUCUUUACAAAAGCAUAGUUACUUGAAGAGAUAAAUUGAUGAUGCUUUUAUAAUAUAAUAAACUUAAGAACUUAUGAACACAUUGGUAACCAGUAGAGAUCCUGAUCACAUGGUGUGACACUUGCCUGAUCUUAUAAGGAUUUACACUUUCCCAAUUAGAAGCAAAGUGAAAAUGGCUUAAUGCAACCAGCAUAAAACCAGAACAGCCAGAGAGUAACUUGCAGUCUGCUCAAGUUUAGUGCUGUUUGCUGCUCAUCGGUAUGUUUAAGUUGGAAAUGAGCCUUUAAAAUUUGAAUCUAGUAAGAAUGGUCUUUAAUUUAAGUACUUUUCUCAAAGACUUCAAACUCAUAAAAUUGCGCCUGCGAAUGGUAAAGAGUUAAUAUUGUGGUAGACGGUAGUCAGCAGGAUAUGAGAUGAAGGUCGAAUUAUUACGGGGAAAUGUUCUGUAGCGUUUGUGGACCCACUGUGGCAUGCUUAAUCUGUAAAUAAUUGUGUAUCGGAUAUGAACAGAAAUGAUUAUUUUCUGAUAAAUGUUAGCAGAUCUCCAAACAUUGUAUUUUUCAAACAUGAUAAAACCCUCAAGCUAGUCGAUCAGAUCACUUUAAGUACAUUUAUUGUACAUUGUUUUACAGAAAUAAACGCUCGUUCAAAUUUACAGCCUUUAAAUACAUUGAAUACUGUCCAUUUAGUUAAUGAAUUAAGGUCUUAAAAAUCUUCAUAAAGUGCAUUAAAAUGUUUCGAGUAAUCCAAGUAAGCUGAAGAGUUAUAGAAAAAAAGAAAUCUGUGUUGUCAUAGGCAAGAAACACACAACAAAACAAUCAUUUUUUUGUACAAAGGAGAAGCAUACAGAGCAUGUAAACAUGACAUUCUGUACUAGAAAUGCCUGCAGAUGUGGGAACUAGUCGGCCCCUUGUAGAGUGUAUGGCUGAUAAGUGCCUUUAAUAUAAUGUACACUAAAUUGUGUUGGAGAAUUUAUAUUGUCAUCUUUUCAUUACAUUAUUAAAUUAUUGUAUGUAUAUGUCUUAAUUACUAUGUGUCCUGGUGAAUUGUCAGUGUAGUAUCAUUGUCCAUUGUCAGUUAGUGCGUUUAAGGCAUAUAUAUAUAUAUAUUAUCUGUACCAAAAGAUUUUUGGAAAGAAAGCUUUUUCAUUGCAAAAUAAGAAUCCUUUGAAUAAUGUGGAUGUAUUCAAAUAGGCAUUUUUUUAAGAUAAAAAUUGAGCAACACAAUUAUCCGAUGUAGAUAUAGUUUAAUGUGUAGAUAUAGUUAUAUGAUGAAUUCAUUUGUUUCUACUGACAGCGUGUUGUAACAUUUAAAUAUGUUUGUAACUGUAGUGAUGGAAAUCCAGUUGUUAAUGAUCAGUUUGUUAAUUGUGAUUCCCCUUAAACUUUUUAGAAAAAGAUGUAAAAUAGUUUGGGACAUUCAGUAUAGUUAUGUAUGUACAUAUUUGAUUUUAAUGCAAUUAUUUUGGCUGAAUAGUUGGUGCAAACCUAACUGGAAAUUCCUUUCAAAUUCAUGACGACCAUUCAUGGUUUCAAUGAUAGCUUCGUCUUUUUUAUUGUGAUGUGCUGAUGUUAUUAUAUGGGGAAUUUGCAUAGAAACACGAUUUAAAACAGUUUGUAGUUUGUAUUUUCCAUUUUACCAGUGUUUAUAGUUCAUGGUUUAUGUAUCAUUUAUUUUGUUUAGAAAACCUCACAUCCAAGAAUGCUUGAAUUACGUUAAAAAAAUUAAAUGAAGGAAACAUUUGUGUACAAUAUUUAUAGAUGUACUUUGCCUAGUAACUUUAUUGACUCAGUAUUGUUUGCAGAUCUGCCAAUAGCAUGGUUUUAAUGUUGGUAAUGAAUGUCUUGUUUUUUGGGAAAAGGUUUGCAAUGAAAACAGAGUUGCCUGGCAUUGUUGGCUUUUGUUUGGUUUGUAUGCAUUGGAUCAUAUACACAGAACUGGCUUCUGGGUUUUGUAGCUUCAUCCUUCUCUGAUUGAGAUACUUGGACAUCCAGUUGUACACAGAAUUUACAGCAUCAUUCCUUAUUGAGAAGUGUUCACAAAAGCAAGGUCAAGGGAUCGAAAUGUGUCCAGUUUAGUGAACAUGGAAAAUGUGCAUGUAAACAUCAGUUCUGGAUUGUCCAACAUGGCUUGUAUGAUUUGUUUCAUUUUGGGGUGUUGUUUCUUUUAUUUAAUAUUCAAUGUUUUUUAUAUUUCCAAGAAAUCCAUGUACAGCCUUUAUGCGGCAUGCAGUGACAGACUGCAGCCUGUGUGUGCAAUGACGAUUUUUAUUUCAUUGUCAAACAUCAACAAAAUCAAAAUUGUGCAUGUUAAUACUCGUUUUAAUGUUCCGCCCAUUUAUUAUAGCCAGCCAAGUUACUUGUUGAAACAGCUUUAAUAUUUAUAAUGAGAAAGUGAACUGUACAUUGAUACUAUGCAACUGAGAUUUAAGGCUUUAUCCUUAUCUAAUUAAUCACUUGGUUUUUGUUGUUUUCUGGGAUUUAUGGAAAUGUAUUAUGAGAGGUGUUGACAUUGUUUACAGUUGCAAUACUACGAACAAAGAGGUUCAGGUUAUAUUUUGUUAGCGUAAGUCAGUGUUCAUUGUCAUCCAGUUAUUGUUUUAAGCAUUUGUUAAAAUAUCCACGCAAAGGAUACGUUUUCACUUUAUUUCAGGUUAACAGGACAAUCGUUCAAAUAUUAAAACACUAGGUUAACUUGUUGUUUGUAUUGUUUUAGAUGUUUAUGUUAACCCUUUCAGUGCGGGAACCGAAUUUUAAAGGCCUUUGCAAACAGUUUGGAUCCAGAUGAGACGCCACAGAAACGUGGCGUCUCAUCAGGAUCCAAACUGUUUGCUAUUCUGAUAGUGUUCUUUGAAAAAAAUAGAAGAAAAUGCUAAUUUUAGAAAUUCAGCAGAAGACAUUUUAGCAGACGACAAAUUUCCCAGCAUGCAAAGGGUUAAUUUUUAUCUGCAGCAUAAUUAGUGGAUUCCAUGAGUUUUGGCAUGUAUGUUACUGUAGCUUAUAACCCAUGUUCAUACUAAGAUGUUUAUUGCUUAACAUUUUUUCUUUUUUUGUGUUUGUAACAAUAAUGGCAAAAGUUAUGGCAAGUGCUUGUUUAAAAAAAAUGUUUUAUUUUCUGAGUGAAGUUUAUGAACGAUAACAGAUUAUACCUACUUAGCAUUUCCCCUGUACAGUCUGCAACAAUAUUCACUGGGGGUGUGAAAACCACAAAAUGUGCCUCAAUAUCUGAUGUAAAAACAUGAUUUCUGUUUUAAACUUAUAGAUAUUGUGAUUUUUGGGGGGAAUGUGUAUGUUUACAUAGAUUUACUCUGCAACAAAUAUAAAUGGUGGAAUGUAGCCUUUCAACCAUGAUCUUUGCAUGACCAGAUUAUGGGAGAUAGUUUGCUCAGGUUUAACAUAUUUGCAAAUUCAAAUAGGAAUGCCCAGUGUCAUAAAUCAAAACCAAAUAUUCUUCUUGUCAUGGUAACAUGUGUGUCCCCAGAAAAUGCAAUGUUAUUGUGCCUGAUAGGAAAAAUGAUCUUAAAUAUUAGAAAGUUUUUUUUAGAUUUUACCAUAUUGUUGUUUUAUGUUCGUAUUUAUUGAUUGUUGUAAGCCCUUCAUGGGUCAAGCAUGACAUCAAAUAAUUUAGCGAAUUGUUAAUAAUAUUGUUGGUUUAUAUUUUUAAUUAUUAUAAAUAUUAAAUGUCAUAAGAUUUAUAAUUUUGCGCAAAAAAGAAAUGAAAAUAUUAAAAAAACUUGUUUUGUAAUUUUGUGUUUUUAUAGUUAAUAGUUUUCAAGAAUCAUUAACAUUUCUGAGUAAUUCUACUUCUUUUGCUGUUCUUGCAAUGUUCAUUGUACUGUUCACUGUUUACUAUGAAUGUUAGAUAUUAAUACUUAUUUUCAUUUCUCAUUCUGUGUUUUAACUUGGAUACAUGUAACUAUAAACAGCUACUGUUUCUUCUUUCUGAAAUAAAGAACCUGGUUUACAGAACAUUUAUUAUCAUAUUUUAUUGUGUAAAUAUAGUGUCAAUCUUUUUGGUUUCUUAGUGCUUUUGUCAUGUUGUCUCGGGUUUCUGAACUGGAUGUCUGAACCAUACACAGAGUUAAUCUGUAUCAGAAACAUGUCAGAUUGACAGUCAAUAUUUCUAACCUUAAACUUCCGUUUCUCAUAAAAUAUCAACAGUACCAUUUAACUUUGGUUUUGGUUGUUGUCUUAUAAUUUAAAAUGCUGUCACUGCUAAUUAAUUAUCAAUCUUGUACCAUAGAUGUACUAUUAUAAAUUGUAUUUAAAUAGAAAUGGCUGUCUUCAAUUUCUUUAGGUCUUUGUGUUCACUUUCAAUGACAUAGUGGUUCUGAUAUGGGCUAUGCUGGGUUGUUUUAGAUGCCAUGUUUCUACCUAUUCUACUGCUGUGACAUCCACAGGCUAAUAGGCCAGCAAACAUACGCUUGUCUCAAUUCAACUUGUGUACUGUUUCAUGUUUACUAUGUUAGCCUCUGAUUUCUGGAUAUAACUAAACUUCAUCUUCAAAAGAUCUCAAAACAGUUUUUAUGUUGAAAAUUACUUUUUCAACCAAUUAAAAAAAAUCUGUUUUCGAAGUUUCGUGUUUACUUAUAAGCCUCUGCUUUUUCUGUCUUACUUUUGUUUCCAAAUUUGUGAGAUUUGAAUAUGAAGUUUAGAGGUUUAAGUUUUGUUUCCUGUUUUGACAUUUUCAUCAUCACCAUCUUGCUACUUUGUCUGUAUCUAUAUCUCUGUGUAGUAGCCUGUACUUGAGUGACUUCUUGGACCAUUAAACUUCUGGAUGUGGGGAA